UUUAGGCUUCAGCCGCAGAAUGCUCGCGAGAACAGACUUGUCAUGGCGGACUCCGACGAAGGAGUACACGACCUGAAGAAAACUGCUUCCAUAAACCGCAGUGGGAGUAAUAACGGGAAGGAAAUGAAGACCAUUUCCAAAUCCGGGUCACAAACUGUGUCUGACUUAAUCGCCAAAUCGGAAUAUUGUGAAAAACUCCAGGAAUGGAUGUGGCAGUAUUACUGCGGGUAUGUGAGCUGGCAGAGCUGGGUGACCGUGUUUCCUUUUCCUCCUUGUUUUCCAACACAAGCAGCGACUGGGAGCCUGAGAGCGCCAACAUGGGGGGUGGAUAUACCCACCCCAGACCUACAGACCUGGAUUAGUCAUUCUUCUGCUGUCGCUUUUUCUUCCUUUCCGUCUGUUCCUCCGCCCUCUACCACCACGGCUGCUCAAGGCGCUAGUGAGAGACAGGUAGAGAUUAAUGGCCAGAGACAGAAUCUUCCUGUCCCCCAGAACCUGCAGCAAAAUGGAAACGCCCAGCAGCCAGGUCGAGAAUAUUAUAUUCCCUCUCCGCUCCACCGCUUCCUGGCUGAGAUGGUGGACUUCUUCAUCCUCUUCUUCAUCAAAGCAACCAUCAUCCUGAGCAUAAUACACCUGAGUGGAAUGAAGGACAUAUCAAAAUUUGCAUUGCACUUCAUUGUGGAAGAAAUAGAUGAGGACACGUCAAUGGAGGAGCUGCAGAAAAUGAUGCUCGUGGCGCUUGUGUACCGGAUAUUGGUGUGCUUCUACGAGAUUAUAUGUAUUUGGGGAGCUGGUGGAGCCACGCCAGGGAAAUUUGUGCUUGGCCUGCGAGUGGUCACGUGUGACACUUCGGUCCUGGUGCAGCCCAACCGAGUGCGUGUGGUGCCUGCGACUAACGUCAGUCUGUCAGCGUCGACCAUCCGAGCCCUGAACAAAAAUUUCUCCAUCGCGUUUUUUUUCCCGGCGUUUAUCACGCUGCUCUUUUUCCAGCACAACAGAACUGUGUACGAUAUUGUGGCAGGGACUAUAGUGGUCAAGAGAAACAGACUCAGAUGAUGUGUGUGGAUCUUACCUGCUGAGAAAACAACUCCACAUGAAGAACUGAUCCAAAGAGCUGCUGGGUCACAGGAGAGAGAGAAAACGAGGAAAUCCUUUGAACGGUCGAAGAGAAAACUGUUUGACAGCAAGUAUUAUUCCCUCCGGGUGCUCAGAGGGAGCGUUUGAAUGGUUUGCUGCAGCUUUUUUUUUUUUUUUUUUAAUGCCGUUGGCAUAUACAAUGUGAAUUUUUUUUUUUUUUUUUUUUAAGAAUUUCAUAACAUGCAGUGAAAUGAGUAUCAUGCAAAUCCCAAUAAGUGUAAGUUUACUUUGCUAAUUACUAUAUUUAGCAUGUUCUGUGUCUGAUCUGAAUAUCAGCAAAGUUUAAACUGGAGUGAAUGCACUCCAAACAAGCAAGUCAGUCCAAAUGAUGUAAACGUGUACGGCUAUGAAAGACAGAAUAAUUCCAGCGUUACGUUUUUUUUUUUUUUUUUUUUUCUUUUUCCAGAACAAUUCAGAUCAAGAUCUUUGCCGCAGUCAUUUGGCAAAACAUCACAGUAUAACAAAAGUUAUAUAUAUAUAUAUAUAAAAAAAGAAGUUGUUUAUUUUACUGAUUGUGCCUUUUAAUAUAAAUGUGCGAAUAAAUUUCUCCGAUGUGUAAAUUA